AUGGGAGGAGAAGACGAUUAUUCGGCCGAUGAACGCCGCGAGCGCCGAAGAUGGAAUCUCGAGCAGCUCAAGGGAGGAAACACCUUCCUCUCCAUGCAGGCUGCAACGAACAAAUUCGACUCGCAAAGAGGCAUGACUGGAAUCGGUAUGCCUCGAUGGAACAUCACCAAGGAUAAGAAACUUGGCUACAUCGACCCCGAUCGUCGAUCCGAGGGCGUUCUCCGCGUACAAUGCGGAACCAACCAAUACGCUUCGCAAAAGGGAGAGACUCCAAUGGGAGCUGGAAGAAAUCAAUGCCCAAAUGUAACUUACAAGAAAGAUUGGGAAACAAUCCUUGACAAGGAGGGAGAAAAGCUCAUGCCGAAACAGGCUGGAGACUUUGGAUACGCUACCCAAGCUGGAGAGAUCUCUAUGGGAGCUCACAGAAAUCAGGUUCCAAAUAUUCGUGGCCGUCUUCCACAUGAUCGAAGAACUCAUGGAGUCCUUUGCUACCAAUAUGGAACCAAUGUUUUCGCUUCCCAACAAGGAAUGAGCUGCCCGCCUGGAAUCGGAGCCGUCCGACAGGCUACAAUGUACAUCGAGGGUCUCGGAUUCAGCGAGGACAACCUCCGCAAGGGAACCGAGUACACCCCGUGGUACUCUGGACAGAACAAAUUUGCCUCGCAAAAGGGAUCCGGUGGCUUCUUGAAAGUUCGAGAUGUACUCCCACACACUGUGGGUGGAAAGGACAUUGAUGAGGAGAAGAAGCAACUCUCUGAGGGUAUCGUCCCACUUCAAUCCGGCACCAAUCGAUUGGCCUCACAAAAGGGAAUGACCAACUUUGGCACACCGAGAAACACCCUUCUCAAGCAGGGAUGGAAGAAGGAAUGGAUUGAGGAUUAUGAGUCGGCGUUGCGUGAAUGGGAAGAGAACCGUCCACCAGGCUCAGCUUCAUCUGUUGAUCCAUUUGGUCAUUACAAGAAGAAGUUCGAAGACAGAGAGUCAACCCGUCAAUCAGAAGCCGAUGUAAUGUCGGUGAAAGCACACAGUGAGAAAGCUGAAGAGCCUGAAGAGGUUGAAGAAGAAGAAGAAGAGGAAGAAGAGAAGACUCCGGAACCAGUGAAAGAGGCUGUUGAAGAGGCUGAAGAAGAGGAAGAAGACGCUGGUGAAGAGGAAGAAUAUGAAGAGGAAGAGGAAGAGGAAGAAGAAGAGGAG